AUGGCUACCAAUUCAUCUGGCAUGGAAGAAUCUCAUGAUACCCCAGGUUUCAAGAACCCGGAGCUGCCUCAAACCCAGUCAGUACUUUUCACCAAGCUGCCGCCAGAACUUCGAGACCGUGUAUACUUCUUCGUGCUUGGAGAGUUUCCACGAAUAAAAAUGGAUGAGAAGCCCUGGCACUGGGGAGGUUCAGAUGAAGGAAAACUUCAUGCAGUUGAUCAGUCGAUAGCACUGCUAAAAGUUUGUCAACGAAUGAGUACCAUAUUUAAAGUAAUCCGUCCCAAGGGGAUACUUACCUUGUUCCCACCAGCAGCCCACAGCAGUAUACAUACUUUCUGGAUUGAUAUACUACUCAAUUCAAAGUCUGAAUGUGACAUGUGUAACUACUUAGUUGACUGUUAUUUGGACGAAACCAUCUGGAGCAAAAUAGUCACGGUCCUCAACGAACAGAUGCCGAGCCUUCGACACUUACAUAUCAGCAUCAUUCGACGUAAAAAUAGCAAGCCAGUAGAACAUUUUAGAGCUCUUCUAGAAGAAAAUCUCUACCCUACUUUAACGAGGAUGAAAAAGCUGCAGUGUUUCCGGGUAUUGGUAAAUUUCGAGAAUGCGGCACCGGCAAAUGCACCGUUUGAAGUGAUCUCCGGUGAAUAUUUGGCUGCAUAUGAGACUAAAGAUGACCUUGAAUUGGUAUCCAAUGAAACAGAAGAGGAAGUGAGUACGGACAAUGUAGAGGAUGAGAAUACAGGUAAUGUCAAGGAAGAGAGCACAGAAGAUGUGGAGGAUGAGUACGUUACCCAGCAUGAGGAAAAGGCAUGGGAUAUAAUUGAUGGAUGGAAAAUUGCCUUUCACUUAAGGCUAUUAAUGAUCUUGGUGCCGUCCAAAGGGGGAGAGAUAUAUCCAAGAAACGCAUCUGAAUCAUUUGAAACACUUAACAUUUCAAGAGUUAUCGCCAGAGAGAGUUGCAAAGAGAGCUGUACUUGGAGGUACCCUUAG